ACGCUCGCCGCCGCUUUUGGAAGCGACGUUCACUUGAGUCCCCGUGGGUACACCGCUCAUUCUCUCUGUCUUACUCUAUAUACCCACUAGUCCACCUCUGAAAGGUACAGACCCCUAAAGAGGAGAAAAAAACGAAGGGAGGGGAAGGGAGAAACAGGAGAGACUGCAGUCGGUGCAUGGCAUGAAGAAGCGGCUGUUGGGGACCCGGCUGGGUAUGGCACAUUACGCCAGGAUCUGAACUGAAACUGGGACCUGGAUUGGGCUCUUAGAUAUGGGUGUUAUAAUAAUAAGAAACCAUUGAGUUUGCAGGAGUAAAGGGGUUAGAAUGUGCUUGAUGUCGUUCGGUGUGACGCUUUUUGAUGCGAAAUUCCGGAUGGGAUGAAAUCGCGUAACCGGGGGCCAAAUCUAGGCGCUAAACGUGACACCACCGAUCUGAGCUCCCCAGAGCUGCGUUAAACCACAUCUUCUGCCCUUCGGAGACGUGCUGAGGGGACAACCACAGAAAGUUUCGCGAUGGCACUCGUCAUGGAACCCGUUAGUAAAUGGAGCCCCAGUCAAGUUGUGGAUUGGAUGAAAGGUCUGGAUGACUGCUUGCAGCAGUAUAUAAAGAACUUUGAACGGGAGAAGGUAGGAGGUGACCAGCUGCUAAGGAUCACCCAUCAGGAGCUGGAGGAUCUGGGCGUAUCCCGGAUCGGACACCAGGAGCUGAUCCUGGAAGCUGUGGACCUGCUGUGUGCUCUGAACUACGGGUUGGAGACUGAAAACCUGAAAACUCUCUCUCAUAAGCUCAAUGCCUCUGCCAAAAACCUGCAGAACUUCAUCACGGGCCGCAGACGCAGUGGUCAUUACGACGGCCGGACGACCCGCAAGCUGCCCAACGAUUUCCUCACAUCUGUGGUGGACCUCAUCGCUGCUGCUAAGAGCCUUCUGGCCUGGCUCGAUAGGUGUUACUUCUUUUGCAGGUCACCAUUUGCUGCCGUAACAGAUUAUUCCGUGACCAGGAACAACGUGAUUCAGCUGUGCCUGGAACUCACUACUAUAGUACAGCAGGACUGCACCGUCUAUGAAACCGAAAAUAAGAUCCUCCAUGUGUGUAAGACAUUGUCUGGAGUAUGUGACCACAUCAUCUCACUGUCGUCAGACCCCCUGGUCUCCCAGUCGGCACAUCUGGAGGUGGUUCAACUGGCUAAUAUUAAACCUACAGAGGGUCUGGGAAUGUACAUCAAAUCCACAUAUGAUGGGCUUCAUGUUAUCACAGGAACCACAGAGGGGUCUCCAGCAGAUCGCUGUAAGAAGAUCCACGCAGGUGACGAGGUCAUCCAGGUGAACCAUCAGACAGUGGUGGGCUGGCAGUUGAAAAACUUGGUAAGCUCUCUGCGAGGGGACCCUGCCGGUGUGACAUUGACCCUGAAAAAGCGUCCCCAGAGCACGCUCACCUCCGCCCCAGCCCUACUAAAGAACAUGAGAUGGAAGCCCCUGGCCCUCCAGCAGCCAGUCGUUCCCAGGAGUCCCACCAGCAGCUCGGCCACGCCCACGAGCACUAUCAGCACACCCUCCAAGCGUGAUAGCUCCGCCCUCCAAGACCUGUAUAUCCCGCCCCCUCCAUCUGAGCCUUACAUACCCAGAGAUGAAAAAGGCGGUCUCCUGGGUGAAGGCGGGGUCCCUGUUGCAAAAGGUUCAGAGUCACCAAACUCAUUCCUGGAUCAAGAGUACAGACGACGAUUUCCUCUCAUGGAAGAAGAAGCCGUUCUUUACUGCUACGAGUACGACCCCAGCCAUGGACCCACAACAUCCCGUCGAGACAGCACACCCACUUACGGUCGUCUGAGGCCCAUCUCUAUGCCUGUAGAGUAUAACUGGGUUCCUGAAUACGAGGACCCAGCUAGAAUGAAGAGAGAAGGUCGGAGAGAAAACACUCUGUUGCGGUAUGUAAGUGAUGAGAAGGCGGCUGAUCUGGCUGGGCGUAGCAUGAAGAGAGACACGGGAAAACGUGGCAAGAAGAAGAGCGAAAAGAGCGGGAGCCCCACCCACUACGCCCUCCUCCCAACCCUUCAAAUGGAGGUGCUCCGUCAGGAAUCCAUGAACACGCCUAACCCAGACUCCACCUCUCUUUACCAUACAUUCCAGGGAUCCUCUCUGCUAUCCAAGACCAAGAAAAAGAGUAAAGCAGCUCCAUUGUCCUCCAUCAGUAAGAGAAGAAUCUCCUGUAAGGACCUGGGUCGUGGAGACUGUGAGGGCUGGCUUUGGAAAAAGAAGGACGCAAAGAGCUAUUUCUCGCAGAAAUGGAAGAAGUAUUGGUUUGUUUUGAAGGACGCCUGCUUGUACUGGUACAUGAACGAAGAGGAUGAGAAGGCCGAAGGGUUUGUCAGUCUCCCUGAGUUUAAGAUCGACAGAGCCAGUGAAUGUCGCAAAAAAUAUGCGUUUAAAGCGUGCCAUCCCAAAAUCAAGAGCUUCUACUUCGCAGCAGAUGGCGUGGACGAUAUGAACAGAUGGUUGAGUCGUCUCAACAUGGCGGCCGCCGGCUACAUAGAAAGAGAGAGAAUCCGUCAAGAACAGGCAGACUACUGGAGUGAAAGUGAACAUGAAGACAAUGAGACGCCCUCGACACCCAAGCAAGACAGCCCACCGCCCCCUUAUGACACAUACCCACGGCCACCCUCAAACCAGGUGAGUUGUGCCAGUCCUUACCUAGAACCCAAGCACGGCCGCCUCUCAUCCACAGAAACUUCACAGUCUCGCUCCUCUCACGAGGAGUACCGCUCUGAACCACAGGGCAGCAGCAGUGGGGGAGGUUCCCCAGCUCGGAAGUCCGCCAGCCAGCGGCGCUCAUGGCAGGACCUGAUUGAAACCCCUCUGACCAGCUCAGGCCUCCACUACCUGCAAACCCUGCCCCUAGAGGACGCUGUGUUCUGCGAGCCAGGGGCGGGACUUUCUCCGGAAUAUCGCCGCCAAUCCACUCUGCCUGCCCAACGCACACUGAUGCAGGAACAUUACGGUCCCUUCCCAAUGCUUGAAGGGGAGAGGCUCCGAGACCCCGUUAAUGCAACCGGGAAACCCCGCAGCUUCACCUUGCCUCGGGAUAGCGGCCUGCAUGCCCUCCUCACACCCUCCGCCAGCAUGGCAGAACAGCGGGACCCCAGCCGUAGGGAGCUCAGCCGAUCACACUGCAUCAAUAACGGCGGGGAGCAGGAGUGCCAUGGGCAGGCGGAUUCGCUUGGUGAUUUGUACCGGGCGCUGGAGCGUGCCAGUCUGUCGCCUUUUGGUGAGCACCGCCUUUCCACCCGUCUGGAGUACAAACACCUUUUCAUCCGGCGUUGCAACGAUCCACAGCUAAAUGACAAAGUGCAUCAUCUCCGCAUCCUGCAGAGCACGCUAAAGGACAGGGAGGGCGAGGUAGCACUGAUUGACAAGCUGCUGGCCAAUCCUAAACUCACAUCCUCAGAGUUCCAGGAAUGGAAGAAAGUUUACAUGGAGCUGUUUUCAUCAGAGCUGCAGCGGGACCGUCAGCCAAGCCCCGCCUCCGAGCCCAGCCCUGCCGCCACACCUGAACCCACCCCUCGCACGCCCUCCCUCUCACACACACACUCCUACAUCGAGACUCACGUCUGAUGCACACAGAUGCACGCUUCAAUCACUCUAUACAAAAAUGCCGCCAAACUAUUUUAAGUAAUCGUCGCUCACUUCCAUGGACCUUAGGCUGGACGUUCAGUCUAAUGUAAGGAUUGAAUUGGUGUUUGUGGACUGUUUGCAUUUUAUUUACAAGGCUGUGAGGAAUAUUUAUGUGCAGAAUUAACAUUUAGGGAUAUAAUAAUGCAUUGAUGCAUGAUUCCGGAUUAUAAUUUCAGUAAAUAAGUUUCAUUAUUUAAUAAUCAAUAUAAAAUUAACCGAGAGGGCAUCUCAUUUUACAUGCACAGGGUGCACUUUAAGUAAAUAUUCUUAAAUUUAGCUUUCUUUGUCAUUAUUCAUAAUUGUUUGUAUCCAUUUACGCAAUGCAAGUUAAAAUUAGUUAUUAUUGCUCAGUUAUGUAAUAUAGGGUCCUUUCAUACACGUGGUGCAAUGUGGUGCAAGAGUGGAUUCGGACAUGCCCUGAGUGCAUCUGCACCGUGCGCUUAGAUCAUCAAAAUAGGGCCCAUAGUGUUUAUGUUCUAUAAUAUUCAGAGAAUAUAUUUUGAAUAAUAUAUGAACUUUUUUUUUUUGCUGUAUUUUCUAUGGAUCAGAGUAUAUUAGUAUCAAUUCAGUUAUAGCCAUUUUUAAAAAAGAUUUUUAAUUUAAAUGUAUCAUGCCAUUUUUGAUAUAUCAUCCAAUAUUUUAUAUUUAAUUGUGCAUGCGCUUCUGUUUUUACAUUUGUCAUCUAACACUCACUUAAAAUUUAUGUAUAAAAACUAUUAUUAACAAAUUAUUUAAAAACAAAUCUAAAAAUGAAUAUCCACUUUUCAUUCUGUUCAUUAUAAUUUUGUGAUCCCUAAAUUCACAUUUUCACAUUUUACAGUACACUAUUCAGUGCAUAAUUAUUUUUUAUGUAUUUAGAAAAAUUGGGUGACUUUUUUAAUUUUGUGCAUAAAAAUUAUUACUGGCACAAUUUUAUGAUUUCUGAUUUCAGUUCAUCCCAACGUUUCAUUUUAAGGCUGAACAGUUGACACCAAUGUGUCCAACAUUUGAACCUACUGUACUUUUAUGCCUCACAGACUUGUUUUAAUUGAUGUCAAAUCUGAUACAGCAUCUUUCUUGUUCAAGGUCCAUAAACACAAAUUCUUCUCCCUUUUACUUGUACUUUCACAUCCUGACAGAAAUCAAACACUCAGUCUACAUGUGCUUUUUAAAUACUUGAAAAACAUUGUUUACGCAGGCACAGAUAGCUGUACAAACAAAACUCUCUCAAUGGCUCGACUUGCAACCCACAAGCUUCAGAGAAUGCCACUUCUGUACACGGGGUUGCCAUGAUUACCAGUCCUCCAAGCGACUCGGACCAGGAGAGACAAUGCUGUCUCGCCGAGAACAAACCUGGCCAAACCACCACUAGACAUGAAGCCGAGGUAGAACCAGAGCACUUGAACUUGGAAAUGGAAACUACGGACUGAACUCUGAGAGGAAAUACACAUCUGAGGCAUCAUUUGAACUCUAAACACACCGACUGGCACACUGUACCUGCGUUUGUCUAUCUUCUUGAAGCAAAUCUCUCAAUGGACACACAGACGGACAUCACACCAGUUAUCUGCCAUGUGUAUAUGCUACUUUAGCAUUCUAUAUACUCUACUGUAUCAUACUAUAUAUUUAUGAUCUGCUGUUAUACAUCGGCUGGCCCCGACUUAUAGCACUUGUACAUUUGUGUGGAAGUUGUGUGCGUGUGCAUGAACAUGGAACACCGAUGUGGUUGUCUCAUCUCAACACAAUCUUCAUUGAGUGUUUGGAUAUACCUAGAAAAGGCCUUUAAAGGAAUAUUCCUGGUUCAAAAUCAGAUCAGUCCCAUUGACAGCAUCAGUUCAGACUGAAUUAGGCUCUGAGCCAGUUUCCACAGUCAGUCAUUUUGGCUCGACCCGUAGUAAUGCUCUUAAAAUGGAAGUCUAUGGGGCAAGGCAAUUUACGGUGAGAAAAUUGCAGAUUGUAUUCAUCUAAAUUAUCCUUGUGAGACUUUUCUAGAAGCAGAACUUCUGGUAAUUCCUGAGGGUGGAUUUGUGUCUGUGUAAACAGACCUUUUCUGGUAUACAUGUGCUUAUCUUUCAAAAGUUACAAAGUUUAUAGACUUCACACAGUUAAGGGUUAAAACAUUGGAUAUGGACUUUCAGUUGUAAUUUGCUGAACGGUUCUAUUUAUUUUAUGGAUUAAUAUUAUUAUUAUUUUUAUUAUGGAUGAACAGUUUACCAUAUACAUAUAUUUUUUCAUAUAUAUAUUUUUAUUGUAUCAGUCAGCUGCAGACAAAAUUAGAUAUUAUGUUGUACAUUGUAAUGUAGCGAUGCCUAAAUUCAAUGCAUUGAUUACAAAUGAACAGCAAAUGUUAGUGUUUUAUUUGUGAUUUAUUAUUUAUUUUUAUUUUAAUGAUAUAUGUUAUUAUUAUUGUCCAUAACAUAGAUAAGGUUAUUGGCUUGUCCGUAUCGGCCACUUUUUAUAUAUCCAUGCAUCUCCAAUAAUAAUAAUGCUUAUCAUUGUGAUUAUCGUGCAUAAUGUUUAAAUCUUGUGGAUCUAUGAGUUUUUGAUGUUGAUCAAUUAAAACAAGGCUGUGAGGCAUACAAUUUCAGUGUUUAAUAGGCUGAAAUGUUGGAAACCUUGGUUUUGACUGUUCAGACUUAAAAAAAUUAAAAUUUGUCUAAUUACAUUUUUUCAAAAUGAAACACUAAAAACUGAAUAUUGUACUGUAAAAUGCUACAAAUUAAUUUAGGCAUCACAGAAUUAUAAUGUACAGUAUGAAAAUGGAAAUUAUAAAAUGAAAUGUAAAUUUGUUUUACAUUUUUUAGUUAAUGAUAGUUUUUAAACACUCACAAUCAAUCAUUUUGUAAACAUAAUUUUCUACAUAUAUUUUGGUCCAGUGCCUUGUCCCAGUUAGAAUAAUGCCUUGUCCCGAGUCAAAAUAAUUGAAUGUGGUAAUUGACAGAUUGCUAAAAUGGCUGCAGAUAGCAUUCAUCUUGUACUGAACCUGGAAUAUUUCUGUGCCUGUGGCGUGAAAACUUCUCGACAGAGCGUAUCGCCUUGCCAAAUUCAGUCUCUGAUAACGGAUGAGCAUUCAGUGAAGUGUGUGGGCUCUGAUUGGUAGAAAAUUGCACAGGCUUCAUUAUCCAGAAGCAGCAUUAUCUCUGUAACUUGAGUCAAAUUAUGGAAGUUCUCUCUUCACUAUGGUUUCAUGAUAUUUUGAGGUGAAAUUAUGUGUCUCUUCACAAAUGAGAGUUCAUAAUCAAAAACAGAUUUACACGUGAUGUUCCUAGUGCAAAAAUGUGCAUCCUUGAGUGAGCAGGGACGGCACUUACACGUGAUUGUGUAUCCCUGUGCAAGGGUGUCAUUCACUUUUAGUGCUUAAUCUCUUUUAGUGCUUAAAAUAAUUUUUUAUGGACUAUUGUGUUAAAUUCAAACCUUUUAGGAGAACUUAAAUGACAGUGUUAUGUUUCAGUAUUGUAUAGGUCUGUUUGGAUUCAAAUUUUCUACAAGCUGCCAUGCAGCUGUCCUGAACAGUGCUGCUAGUGUAGGGAAAUUUAUGUCAAGACAAUGGUGAGUUUUUAUGACAGCCGUGGUUCUCAUGACACCUCGCUGGUCUCAGCCCAGGGACUCGCCGCACGGCUCGGCUGAUCAAAGCUGUUGCCCUGAACUCACCCCAGCAUCUGUCAGAAGCAGCAACUUGACUCCUGAAAUUACAUAUAUGUCAACGUUCGGGAGGUCGUCCAUCUUUAUAAACUCUCAGAGCAAAAUAUCUCUUGCUGCAUGGCUUGUAGAUCAACCACAGUCACAUUAGUUUUUUGUUUCUUAACUGAAGCUGCCAAAUGAUUUAAUGUCAGUGUUUCAGCUGUCGGGAAGGCCGUGCAGAAGAGAAGCGCUCAGGCACUCAGCAGACACAGAGAUUCUUUAUGUGAGAUUUUUAAGAGCACACUGAAUGUUCAGAAGAGAGUUUAUUGUAUGAUAAGAUGUGUAUUAUAUGAUGUACAUUCACAUUUCAGGUAUGGCAUAACGGAGCACAUUUCAUUCUGUAUGUAAUCAAAGACAAUAUUAGCUUGUUUUUGACUCAGUGAGUGACUCAGGUGCUAAUGUGUCCAUGAGAAUCAUGGGAAUGCAUUAGUUCUUAGAGAAAGUGAUUACCAGUGAAUUUAGAGCUACUAGAAUGGAUGUCUAUUGGUAUUUUACCAAUAUAUUAUAUUAUCAAAGUUAUUCUUAAUUUAGUGAAAACCAUGUUAUGUUUCUUUAGGAGCCCAUUUUUUAAAACAAAGUUGUCGUAAAAAAUUUCAAGUUCAUCAAUAUCUGUGCUGCUGCCUGUCUUUAUUAUGAGUAGGGCAUGUAAUUUGGGCAGUGCAGUUUCCUCUGUGUUGUGUUUAGCGUACAACCUGGUAAAGUUUACUUUAUUUAUUACAUUAUUUAAAAAGAGACUUGUUGCUUUCUGCAGAUUCCAGUGUGGUUAUACCUAGAGUCAAUAAACUUUUAUGGAUGUAAUCAUGCUAUA